GACUUAACCUGUAUAUUUGCCAAACAUUGUUUCCGUGUUGCCAAGUUUUAUUCAAAACAGCUUUGGUUGGAUCUAACCGUUUCGUUUCAAAGGACUUUUUCCACAUUUAUGUAAUAUAUUUCAACUUCAGGCAUGUUUUUUUAAACGAAUUUGAUUAACCCCGCUUUUUAUAAAUAGAGUAUGUAAUUUUUCAAAGUAAAAGCUUCUUUUUCCAUAGUCCAACGUACAAAUUAUUUUAAAUUGGAAGGAAGAAGAUCUUGCCGCCAAAAAUUGAGCUAACCUAUAAUCUCCUGUUGUCUACUGUUAAUUUAUUUGUUGUUUUUGCCAAUUUCAAGCUUUCUUGUUAAGGCAAAGUGAGAAUGGCAAGUUCAAACGAAUUGGAACUGCGUGAAGCUCAAAGCCACUACCAAGACUUUUUAGAUGAUGAGGAAGACCAAGGAAAAUACUCAAAGUUAAUCAAGGAUAUGAUAGAGGAGAAAGGCAGACGUCUGGUGGUGAAUGUAAAUGAUCUUCGAAGGAAGAACCCCGUCAGAGCGCUGGCCUUGUUGAAUCAUGCCUUCGAAGAACAAGCGGUGUUUCAACGAGCGCUAAAGGAGAUAGUCAACCAAAUCAACUACGAGUAUGCUAAAGAUACGGAAGAGUUUUUCAUAGCGUUUGAGGGAAGCUUAGGAAACAAACAUGUUUCUCCCAGAACAUUAACUUCGCAUUACCUAGGAAACCUCAUUUGCGUGGAAGGGAUUGUCAGCAAGUGUAAGGCGGAGAAUUUUGCGUUAAACACAAAUUGUUCUUUGAUUUACCCCAAACUAGUGAGAAGCGUGCACUAUUGUCCAGCCACCAAAAAGUUUAUGGAAAGGAAAUACACGGAUUUAACAUCUCUGGAGGCCGUGCCCUCCAGUGCUUUGUAUCCGACGAAGGAUGACGAUGGGAACCCAUUGGAAACAGAGUUUGGCUUGUGCAGAUACAAAGACCAUCAAGUGAUCUCAAUUCAAGAGAUGCCGGAAAAGGCGCCCGCUGGUCAGUUGCCCCGGGUGGUAGAUGUCAUCUGCGACAAUGAUUUAGUUGACGCCUGCAAGCCAGGCGAUAGAGUUCAAGUGGUUGGGAAUUUCCGAUGUCUGCCUAAUCACCAAGGAGCUUUCACUAAUGGUGUAUUCAAGUCCAUUAUUAUAGCUAAUAACAUCAAGCUGCUGAGCAAAGACACAGUGCCAUCAAUUUCAAGAGAGGACGUUCAGCGCUGCAAGCACUUAGCGAAAUCCAAUAAAAACAUUUUCAAUCUCCUGGCAAAAUCGUUGGCGCCGUCCAUUCAUGGCCAUGAGUAUGUUAAGAAGGCCAUCCUGUGUCUCCUGCUGGGGGGCGUUGAGAAGAAUUUGGUAAAUGGCACUCGUUUGAGGGGUGACAUUAACGUCCUGUUGAUUGGCGACCCGAGCGUAGCCAAAUCUCAGCUUUUAAGGUAUGUGUUGCAUACUGCCCCCCGAGCCAUUCCUACCACUGGCCGAGGGUCUUCAGGCGUGGGUUUAACUGCAGCCGUUACCACAGAUCAGGAAACUGGUGAAAGAAGAUUGGAGGCGGGAGCCAUGGUGUUGGCAGACAGGGGAGUGGUUUGCAUUGAUGAGUUCGAUAAAAUGAGCGAUAUUGAUCGGACAGCCAUCCAUGAAGUUAUGGAACAAGGAAGAGUUACGAUAGCAAAAGCCGGCAUUCAUGCCAGCUUGAACGCUAGAUGUUCUGUGCUGGCUGCCGCCAAUCCUGUCUACGGAAAAUACGACCAAUACAAAACGCCGAUGGAAAACAUCGGUCUACAAGACUCCUUAUUGUCGCGUUUUGAUUUGCUGUUCGUCAUGUUGGAUACUAUCGAGGAGCAGACGGACUUUGAAAUAUCGGAUCAUGUGGUCAGGAUGCACAUGUACAGAAAUCCUCUAGAGCAGGACGGUGAAAUCCUCCCAAUGGGAUCAACGGUGGACAUUUUCAGCACCCACAAUCCCGAUGAGGACGACUUAAAGCGAGUGCCCACCUACGAGAAGUAUGACGCGCUUUUGCACGGAAACAGUCGUAAGAAAAGCGACAAAAUCCUAAGCGUGGACUUUAUGAGGAAAUACAUUCAUUUUGUGAAAAUCCUCAAGCCACAACUAACUGAUGAGGCGUCGGAAAUCAUUGCCGAGGAAUAUUCCCGACUGCGAUCGGAGGAGAUGUUGGAGAACGACGUGGCUCGGACGCAACCAGUUACGCCGCGUACACUGGAAACAAUGAUUCGUCUAUCAACAGCCCACGCCAAAGCUCGAAUUUCCCGUUUGGUGACGGCUGAAGACGCGCGAGCCGCCAUCGAGCUCAUCCAGUAUGCCUACUUCAAGACCGUGUUGGAAAGAGAGAAAAAGCGGCGCAGGAAGGACGAGGACUCCGAAUCUGACGGCGAUGAGGAGGCCAGUCAGCCACCAAAGCGCAGCAGAAGACUGCGAUCUGAAGAUCGAGGUGACACAGACGAUGAGCUGGCCACCACGCAAAGAAGCGGACGCAAUGGAACAGCGUCAGCUGAUAUCGAACUGGCCACUGAGCUGCCGGCCAGUCUGGCAUCCCAAGAAUCAAGUCCAAUGGAAGUGGAUGAAUCUCCCAAGGAAAUCUCCCAGGACAGACUGUCGUCCUUUAAGGCGUCCUUAAACAGAGCGUUCCAAGAAAGCAGGACUCAGUCCCUGAGUUUAGUGAAAGUGAAGGAAUUCAUCAACAAAGACAACAGCACUCCGUAUUCGCAAGGCGAAAUUGAGGCGGCGAUUGAGAAGAUGUCUGAUGAAAACCAGGUGAUGAUGGCAGACGGGAUUAUAUUUAUUAUUUAAACUAGCGUAAGUGUAAUACGGGGUUUUUCUGCUACUUGAAUCAUUCAGAAAAUGUAUGUUAAACAUUGGCAUGAAAUGUAAUUUUUAUAAUUAAAUAAAGUUUCGAGACCAUUUGCAAUUGGACCCAACCAGGCCACAAGCUAUUCGAAGCCUUACAAUCUAUA